CGAGCGGUACGUGAAGGCGUCGUGAGCAUGCUGGCGCUAACAGCGGCAAAGGAAGUGCCGUUAUUCUCUGCCACGUCUGUAGGCUCCUGAAGCGGCGCAGCCUGCAGAGGCGGCAGGUCGGAGCACCGGGAUGAGCCGGUGCGGGGUGGUGGUGGUGGUGGGAGGAUGAGAGGGGGGCAGUGGGAGUGACCGAGGAAACGCGGAGGAGAGGAAGGAAAGAGGAAACACGUCGAGGCACAACACAGCGCUGAAAAGAGCUCCGGCUUCUAGGAGCCACCGCUGUCUUCUGGAGGAUCCUUUCCUGCAGGACGUCUAUUGUCCGGACAAAACCGCGGGGAAACCCAUGCUAAGCUCAGGGAGAAUGGAGGAAUUCGUAACCGAAGAGGAAGAGCCAUGGUACGACCAGCAGGACCUGGAGCAGGAUCUCCACUUGGCAGCAGAGCUGGGAAAGACUCUGUUGGAGAGGAACAAAGAGCUGGAGGACUCUCUGCAGCAAAUGUACAUCACCAAUGAAGAGCAAGUGCAAGAGAUUGAGUACUUGUCAAAGCAGCUGGAGGUUCUUCGGGACAUGAACGAGCAGCAUGCCAAAGUGUACGAGCAGCUGGACGGGACUGCCAGAGAGCUGGAACGCACCAACCACACGCUGGUGAUGGACAGCAAGUCCUCGCAGCAAAAGAUCGAGAGGUUAACGGGGACUAUUGAGACUUUGCAGAACCAGGUGGAGUCUCUAUCAGGGCAGGUGGAGCAGCUUCGCUCCAUGGAGCAACUGCGGGUCAGGAGGGAGAAGAGAGAGCGACGCAAGACCAUCCACUCAUUCCCUUGCCUGAGGGAGCUUUGCACAGCACCCAGGUAUGAGGACGAGUUUGUAGUGGGCAGGGCUGAAAGUUUUACUAUGGAAGCCAAGCGUCAGCCAUUUGAAGAGGAGAACCAGCACCUGAGGGAAGCGGUGUCGGCUCUGAGAGCUGCUGUCCGGGCCGAGAGGAGCCGCAGGGAAGGGGUGGAGAGGGAGUGCAACCUCCUGAUAUCGGAGUUCUCCCGGCUGCAGACACGGGUGCAGGAUGCUGAGAGCUGCCAGGCGAGAGUGCGGGAGCUGGAGGUGGAGCUGCAGGAGCUUCAGCAGCUGCGCCGAGCUCGAACUUUCCUGCUGAGCGGUGAGGAUGAUGGCGUGGCUCUUACCCAGACUGUCCUCAGUAUCACCCCGGAGACCGACACGUUUUUGGAAGUGGAGGUCGGGGAGACGGGAGGAGGCGUCAGGGAGGAGACAGCAGGUGGAGGUGGUGUUGGAGGUGAGGCGUUACCUGAUUCCAGUCCUGUGAGGAAAAGCUGCAGCGACACGGCACUCAAUGCCAUCGUGGCCCGGGAUGCGUCCGGCAGAAGGAGAGGCAGCUAUGCUCUGCAUGCCAAUAGCGUGAGGAAAAGAGGGAUGUCCAUCCUAAGAGAGGUGGAUGAGCAGUACCACGCCCUGCUGGAGAAGUACGAGGAGCUGUUGGGGAAGUGUCGACGACACGAAGAGAGCCUGUGUCACGCCGGCGUCCAGACUUCCCGGCCCGUCUCCAGGGACCCGUCUAUGAAAGACUGUGCCAUGGGCCCCAUUGUGGCACCUCCCCCUACUCCCACCCAAUCGCCAUCCACCCCUGAAGCCAUCGAGAGCAUCAGCAAACAGGUGGAGGCGGUGGAUAAGCGGCUGGGUCAGAACACUCCAGAGUACAAAGCCCUUUUUAAGGAGAUCUUCUCUCGUAUCCAGAAGACUAAGAUGGACAUCAAAGCUACCAAAGCUGCGAAAGCUAGCAAACCUGGUAAAUCUGGUAAAUCUAGUAAACACUAAAUUUACACCGACUGGCUCUAGAGACGGUGACAUCAUUGCUUGUUCAGUGUUAGGUUGCGAAGGUGCCCAGUGCGAACAUUCUUAUAGAGGGUGCUACUUUUAAAACCACUAAAUUGAAUUACGGUUCAGGUUGACUGAGGUCACGUCAGACUCUUGUGAUCGAGAGCUGAAACCUUCUCAUUUGCAUGCGAUCAAUCUGUAAAAGUUGGAGAAUUUAAGCAUAAAAACAUACAAACAUACACAAUUUCAUUUCAGCCUGGUCCAAAGUCUGUUCUGGCUUCACUGCCUUACUAACUAUACUUAAAACACUAUUACACAGCUUGUGAGCCUGACCAGUUGCUUUUAACAUAGAGAACUAAACUAGCAUUUCUGUGAUUAUAAUAGGACAAAGAUUGAUUCCUCACCUCACAAGCCAAGGAUGUCAAGGAUGACCUGGAGGUGCUACUUUUACUAAUAUCACUAGUCACAUUAACUCUAGUGAAGCAUUUUUGUCUGGAUGAGAUUCCUCCUUCCUGUGUGUGACCAUACUUUGGCUUAGUGGAAGUUUAUGGGGCUUCGCCUUCAAUAGUUUGAGAUUUUGGGAAAGUGAUAAAAAGAUACCAGUGCUGUGUUUGUAUGGUUAUUAUGAAGCCACUGCUCAUUUAACAUAAACACUAACCCGACUCUUGUUAUAACAAGUUGUGGGUUUUGGGGUCAUUUUUGUCCAGGAGCAGAAGUGUUGUGAAUGAAUAUAAUACAGAGAUUACUCACUGAUACUGGAUUAUUGUUGCUAAUACUAGGUAGUAAAAUAAUUAUCUUUAUACUGGGUGAUGUUCUUUAUUUUUCAGUCUUCUACAUUACUGAGUGUACUCAAAACCUAUAGCUGGCCACUUGCCUUGCUAGCAGGUCAAACAGCAGAGAUGAGCACUAGUGAAAUGACAGUUAUGUUGAAAGUGUUUGAAACGUUGGGGUCACUUGCUAUUUUUUUUAAUUAAUUCUCAAGCAAUACAUUUGCUGACACUAUGUUAGUGUCAGCUGCGUCCAGCUGACACUAACAUAGCUGGUAGCUGCCAAAAUCCAUUUAUAUAAGAUAACGAAACAUUAAGUAGCCAUUUGGACAACACUGCAUAUAUCCACAGUUUGUAUAGCAUAGAUCAGCAUAUAUACAACUAGUACUUGUUAAAGAUUUCAUUUGAACAUGACACUUUACCAUGAAGUCGACUGAGCAAUUAGAUGGUGCAGGUACUGCAGAUGGGGGUUUCUAGUAUGUGAUAAAACAUUAAAAUAAAAAGGGCCAGAAGGGUCCAAAAUUGAGGCUGCAAAAGCAAGUCAGUCCCCAUAAAGUCUGAUGGAAAAAUGCCCACCUCUGGAGGAAAUAAGCAUGUUUACAAUUUGGUACUGUAAUACAUUUUGGUAUUACACCUCUCUUAGUCUAUCAGACCCCCCAAACCUGAGCUAUUCCUCUAAUUCACUCCCUUCUGAUCCUGUCCCCUCCUGGUCACCUAAAUAAAAGCUCAGUAUCUUCAACUCUGCUACCUCCAGUACUGCUGCCUGUCUUUUUGUUAUCAGCCUUGCCUUUCACUGUUACUGCUAGCUUCCUGUCACAAAUCUACUCACUCCACCUUCCCUGCACUCUCUUCUUCUCCUCUCUUGUGCACUCUGUUGCUUUGGAUGACUUAAACUCAUCUACCUUCCAAACCCCUUGCAUCUUCACUGAUUCACCUGUCUCCCUUUCAUAAAAAAUACCAUGACUUGCUGGUUGGUUAAAUUCACUAACAGCUUGUGCUCCUCCUUUGUUGAUUGAAGUGCUAGUAUUAUUAAUACUGUAUAUCUAACAAGACAGCAACAGCCAAAAAUGCUAAAGUCGAGGUUCAUGUGGAAUAUCAGUUCCCAACCAGCUGUUUGCAACAGUGCUUAAAAAGUACGUGCAGGAAAAUGAAAGACCUGGCAACCCUGGCUGCAGGCAGUGCUAAGAGCUUUUUCAGAGCCCAUUGCUUCCCCAGUAAUAUUUUUCUACCUAUGUUCUGUUUAAAAUUUUCAUAUUGGCACAAAUUUGACAACAAAAAUGCUAAUACCGACUUAUCUGUGAUAGGCCCAGUAAAUGCUACAAAGCUGCUGUCUUAGAGACGAGUUGCAAAAGGACAAUCUCUGCAGAUAGCUGUUUUCACUGUUUCCUGGGCAUUAUGAGCUUUCAUACAGAAUACAGUAAAUAUAAAGCAUGAGGAUUUUUGGUUGCUGGGGCAACCACUGAAUUAAGACGGCAUGAAGGUUUGUGAGGAAGUAGAUUUUAUAUAGUUAGUCAUUCACACUUAAUAGCAGAUGUGUAACCGGUAUAAGGCUUCAAACCAGGGCUUUUUCUAACACCUAGCAGUCUUACCAAACUAUAAAGCUAACCUGCAACAUAUUGCACCUUUUUCACAAUAUACAAUAACUAUGCCUUUUUUCUUGGUAACCUCCUAUAUGUAAACCUUUGUUAUAAUGAAUGUUAUUACGGUUAAAUAUUUUAUACACAGCUCUUCAGCGUUGUAGAGGUCAAAUAGACACAGCUAACACCGGAGGGAUCCUAAACUCGUGUUUAAGGCUUAUGUGUGUUUUCAGGAAGAAAAAGCACUGUGGAUGAUGGUUUUUGUGUGCAACCCAGAAAACAGUUAGUGAACAAAGUGUGGUGCGUUUGAGGUCGGCGCUCGUGUCAUUUCGAAUGAUCCAAGCGCAAUGAGAGAACACGUGUUAGCAAUGCCAAACCAGAGCCUUUUAUUAUUCUACCAAGGUUCAUGGGGUUUCUGUACUGUAAUGACUUACCUAUUGCACUUAAAAUGUCUGACGUCUCAUCUUUUCAUAUUUAGAAUAGCUAACAUUAAAACUGUCCCUGUAUUUUGAUUUUUGUGUGAAUUUUUAAAUUUUUCUUGUUUUUUUCUUUCUUUUCUUUUUUUACUUUUCAGUGCCGAUAUGUGAAUGUUGAUAACAUACUGUCAGAAUAAAUUUAUUUAAUUUGCUUUACUUUUAUUAUCCAGUUGAAAAUUGUGCAUUAUUACUUCAUAAGACAUUUGCAUUAAUGUUUAGUCUAAUCUGGUAUUAGUUCCUAUUAUUACUGAACUAAGACUUACUUUACCCUGUUAAUAAAGCAUUUAUAUAAUG